AGAACCUCGUCACGAGUAGCUCCACAUAGUCAUAGCGCAUGUUGAGUACAAGUAAUCCGACAGACUCAGACUCAGAUUGGACUCAGAUCGUACUUAGCACGAUUCCGUCUCUUGGUGGCCAUCGCAGCCGCACAUUGCAUUAACCAAGUGUAUCAAUCAUGUCGUUCCAGCUGCGUCGUCUCUUUGGUGGUCUGCGCGUGAAUGCGGGCCAGACAGCCCGUCGCGGCCUCGAGGACUUCUUCCCGGUACAGAAGGUGGCGGGCGAGGGCGCCAAGCCUAGCAGCCUUACGCAGGUGCCGGCCAGCGUGGGCUCCAAGCAGGUGGUCGUGGGCGGCGACUGGAAGGCCUGGAUGUUGCGUCAGAAGAGCACUGAGGACCUACACAAGCUCUGGUUUGUGUUGCUUAAGGAGCGCAACGCUCUUCUCACGGAGCUGCAGCACUGCCGCGCCAAGAACCUGGCCAUGCCCAACCCGACGCGACGGACGAAGGUCAAGAAGUCCAUGGCGCGGAUCAAACUCGUGCUGCACGAGCGCAGCGAGAUCUACAAGGCCAACCAGGCCAAGAAGGCGGCCGAGAAGGCCGCGGAGCAGUAAUUAGAUCGAAGAAGAAGAUGAAACAAUACAGUGGCGGGAGUGGGCUUGUCCAAGAAGAAGAGUAUCGUGUGAGCUUUUCCAUGGUUGUGUGUAUGUUUUAUUUUAUUCUAACGUCUUGCUUUGGUAAGACUUCCUGAUCAC